GGUGCUUUCAAGCAAAAAAGGUUUUGUAAAUUUAAGUGAAUAAUGGUCAGAUCGAUUGGUAUGUUUCAGGCAGUUUGUAUAUGGAUUGUAAAUAUAGAUAAGGGUUAAGAUGACUAAUUCUUGUAGACGAAUAAUAAUUAUUCUCACAUUUUGUAUACGAUUACUUCAAAUAAUGGGACAGAUGGAAGUUGAAAAAGGAAAAAGUAUUGAUUUUACUGAGAAGGACCGCGAGGCUGCUAUCUAUUCUCAUAAUAAAUUCCGAUCUCAAAAUAUGACUCCUCCUGCUUGUAACAUGAAAGAUAUCACGUGGGAUGAGGAUCUUGCUAAAUACGCUGCAAAUUAUUCUAGGAAUUGUAUUUAUAAGUAUAAAGAGGACACGAGGACCGAUUUGUGGACAGAAGCCGGUCAGAGUUUCCUAUUGGCAUCGGCAGCGUGGUCAGAUGACUUCCAUUAUUCUGCUGUUAUGAAUUUUUUAAACGAGAGAAGUUUUUUCACAUAUGAAAACGGGACUUGCAGCGAAUUUUGUAUGCGGUUUGCUCAAAUGGCAUAUAGUGAAACAACGAGAAUGGGGUGCGCUGCGUCUGAAUGUCCCGAGGUCGUGACAGGCCCAGAUGAAGUAGUGGACAAUGCAACGUUAUAUGUCUGUUUUUAUUUGCCAAAAAUUCCUGAAUUAGACGGAUCAUUUCAACUUUAUAAAACCGGAAGCGAUUGUCCUACGUCUGUAUUUGAUGAAUGGUCGACAUUAGAAAGGGCAAUAGCAGGUGCAUGCGCGGGUGCGGCAAUGCUAGGAUUGAUGGGAACAAUAUUGAAAAUGGUUUUAUCUUCGUGUAAAAAAUCUCCUGUGCAACCUUCUUCGCCAAGCGAUGGAAAUGCAGAGGCUACAAAUGGAAAAGCUCCCACAAGUCCACCAGAAGAAGCAUAAAUUUUUAUACAACAAAACUCAGAAUUUACUCAUUUUUUCAACUUUUGUAUUUGUAAGUGAAAGCGGUUUUAGUUAGAAUUAAAAUAGAAAUCUUGGCAUAUUUAAAAAAAGAAGUUUAAUCGUGUUUCUGAUUGAAAUCUAGGUUUAUAUUGUAAGAAGGGAAUAUUGAUUCGAAGGGAUUUGAUAACGCAAUGUAGUUUCGACUUAUCGACAAAUGCAAAAAAACAAAUAUUUAGAAUCGUUCAUCUUAAAUUGAUUACACAAAUCACGAAAUUUUAUCUGGGUAUAAAAUGCAUUCAUAAAAGUUUCUCUAUUGUGGUAAGAAUAUUUAUCUUAGUUUUCCUGUUUAUUUUUUUCCCUAUUCUCCACGCCCUCUAUAGGUCCCCCGUGUACAGGCGCCAAUUUUUAUCUGACCUGCAAUCAUUUUCAUAAUAUCUAUUUUAGAUUGAAGGUUUCAUAUAAUAUUGUCAAUUUAUAGUAUUCAUGUCAUAAAAGUUCCAUUUCCACACUAUGUAGUUCAAGUUUAUUAUGUAAAUGUUUUCAAAAUAGUAGA